UUUAUUCGCAAAGAAAGAAAGAAAUCAUCCGAUUGGACCCGACACAAACAAACACAGGUUUCUCAAACAUUUUCCCAGCUCCCAAACGCGUCUCUCACUCAUUGUUCUUCCCUCCCUCAUCGACUCAUCCCAUGUUUGGACAGCACUGUUGUGGAGAAGGAAGGUCGACUCUUUCUUUCUGUUAACUUCUUGAAAUUUCAAUCUUCCCUUGUUUUGUUAUCGUGAUUAAAGGCCGUUAUCGUGUCCAAGUAUUUUAUUGGUUUUCGAGGAGCAAAAGACCAAUGCUGAAAAUCCUAUUUGUGAAAUAGAAAGCGUCCCAGAUUCCGGAUCCAUCCAUCCGAUCUUGUUUCCUGUUGCAUAUCAAAUUGUUGCCAGAAGUUGUGGAAUCAUCGACAUCGAUUUUGUUUCAAUUUUGACACUUUUUUUUAAGUGUUUUUUGAUACUAUAUUUCUUGUUUUGGUAGAUUUUGGGUGCAAAAGAUCUGAUAUUGAACUGAUUGUGAGAGAUGAUAAAUGGAGAGGGGACUCGCGAGACCCCUCCCGAAGCCACCCCUUUGGAUCUAAUUGAUGAGACUCUGCCCUGGCAGUGUCAGGAAUCUGAUGGCGGUGGCGACUCUCCCACUUUUUCACAGUAUUCAUCGUGUGGCGAAUCAGAGUUUGAUAGGUACUGCAGUGCCAAUUCGGCAAUUGGGACCCCGAGUUUUAGUUCCGUGGGAACUUUUCAAGACUGUCUCGAUUCUGAAUUUGGGUCUGGGAGGAGUUUUGGGCUUGAAGGUGUUGGUAGCAUGGAGAAGCUUAAUCUGGGAGGCAGGAUUGCUGAAAAUUUUGGGGAGAGGAGACUCUCAGCUUCAAGUGUAUCGGGUUCUUUAUCUAAUCAUAGAAUUGAAUCUUGUGAAGGAAGGGACAGUUCAGAGGUGAGAAGUGACUCUGUAGGGCAGGGGUUUGGUCCGAAUGAUGGGUUGUAUUCAUCCAAUAACGGGGAGAGUUUCUCUUGGCAUGGCUACAGUCAUGGAGUUACGGGCAAUAUGGAGUUGUCAAAUGUUGGGAGUGAGCCAGAAUUGCCUGAAGUGAUGGACUUAAAUACUACGUUGGAUGACAGACUUUGUAUUGAAGAUGAUGGUGGUAGUAUUGUCCAAUGGAGCACCCAAACUGAGUCGAUAAGGCUGGAAAGUUCUGAUGGAGUUGUUUCUGAUCACCAGACUAAUAGUACAGAUGUCAUUGAGGAAAAUAAUAUGAGUUCAAGGGUUAAUGGUGAUACCCAGUCUUUCGAAAGGGUUGAGGUGGACACCCACUGUCAGACAAAUAUUGAACUGGGUAAUAAUUAUAUAGAUGGGUUAGUUUCCAGUUCUGAUGUGGAAUUUGGCAGGAGAGAAGAUGGAAGAUGCUCAGAUGAAGAUGAAGCUUCAUCCAGAUUUGAUCAUUCUGAGGGUGAAGAUUCAAUGUAUGGUUAUACUACAAAUGAUGAGCAGAAGAUGGGUUUCUUUCAUCAGAGGGAUAUGCACAGCCAUAAUGCUGCAAAAUCUGACAAAGAAAAUCCAUUGCUUAUGAGCUCAUCUAUAGCAUUUGGUUCAGAGGAUUGGGAUGAUUUUGUGCAGGAAGCAAGAGAACCUGAUAUGUCUCUUAUGAUGUCUGGGAAUAAACAACCGAACAUUGAAACAAACCUUGUAGGUUCUUCCUCUCAGACUGAUACUAGCUUUCUUGGAGUUGGUCCUGAGCAAGAAAAAGUGCUGAUGGAUAUGGCUAUGCCGUCUUGCAAAGGCCAAGGUACUGAUGAAGUAGGAGGGUCCAUCAGAGAUGAUUCUUUGACCCCACUUGGUUUUCUGGACUUAUCUGAGAUAGAGCAAGGGAAAGACGCAGAAGAUAUUCGUGCUACCACCAACCAAGCUGGAGAUCCUGAUGAACUGUCUAAUUAUCUUAAAAUUUGUUCUGGUAGUCAUAUUUUAGAGGGAGAGCAGUAUUUGCCAUCACAAGAGGCACGCCUGCAAAAAGAUUUAGACUUUGUGGCUGGUAAUUUGAGAAAGGACCCUCCACUUUCAAGUACUCAAGAUUGUGAAAAUGAUGAUGCCAUUAGAACAUUGGAAUGUCAAGAGUUGGAAAAAUCAACUGUACAGUUGGACCAUCUUUCUGAUAUUAAAGAUAAUCUCCCGCUCUGUUCAGCAGCAACUGAAUCACCUAAAGAAAAAAUGGUUGAUUUCCAUAGAGAACCAUUUUCGUCAGUACCACCGAAUGAGAAAACUAUAAAGAGACCGCAAAAGAAUUCACUUCCUUCAGUUGGUGUCUUUGAAAACCAUCAUAAUGCAGUUGAGGCAGAGAAUGUCAAGUCUAAUGAAUUGUACAAUGAUGUUGUCCAUGAAAUGGAAGAAAUAUUACUUGAAAGUACCGAGUCUCCAGGGGCUAGGUUCACCCAAAAUGAUACAUCAUACCAAUCCCACUUACUUCUGCCUUUAAGAGAUGGUGGAUCGACUGCCUCUACUUCUGGUAAUGAUGAUGUUUACCCAUUAAUGCAGUGUCCUCUAACAAUUGAUGGAGUUGAAGUAAUAGGUGCCAAGCAGAAGCAGGGAGACAUCUCAUUUGGGGAAAGACUGGUUGGAGUGAAGGAAUACACUGUUUAUGUAAUAAGAGUUUGGAGUGGAAAGGAUUUUUGGGAGGUUGAACGAAGAUACCGUGAUUUUUGCACCCUUCAUCGGCGGUUGAAAACGUUUUUUGCUGGUCAAGGUUGGAUUCUUCCUUCUCCAUGGUCCUUGAUUGAACGUGAAUCCCGAAAGAUUUUUGGGAAUGUCUCUCCAGAUGUUGUUGCAGAGAGAAGUGCUCUAAUUCAAGAGUGUUUACAAUCCAUUCUCCUCUCCAAGUAUCCGUCUGGCCUUCCAAGUGCUCUAUUUUGGUUCUUGUCCCUGCCAAAAGUCGGUCCUGGUUUUCCUGCAUCUGAUACACCUACCCCUCAGUCUCCCUUUUCAGCUAGAGGGGCAGAGACAGGAAACAUGUUGACAUUGGGGAAAACUAUAUCACUUAUUGUAGAAAUCCGACCACAUAAAUCUGUGAAAGAGAUACUAGAAGCACAGCACUAUACUUGUGCAGGAUGCCACAAACAUUUUGAUAAUGGGAAAAGUCGGAUGCUGGAAUUUGUACAGACCCUUGGUUGGGGCAAACCUCGUCUCUGUGAAUACACUGGUCAGUUGUUUUGUUCAUCAUGCCAUAUGAAUGAAACCGCUGUCUUGCCAGCAAGAGUUUUACAUAACUGGGAUUUUACUCAGCAUCCAGUUUCACAGUUGGCGAAAUCAUAUUUGGAUUCUAUUCAUGACCAGCCGAUGCUUUGUGUCAGUGCAGUUAAUCCUUUUCUAUUCGCGAAGGUCUCAGCAUUGCUACAAGUAACAGGUGUCAGAAAAAGAAUAAGAGACAUGCUUCCAUAUGUUAGGUGCCCAUUCCGUAUGUCCAUUUACAAAGGGCUCGCCUCUCGUAGAUAUAUUCUUGAAAGCAAUGAUUUUUUUGCACUUAGAGAUCUCGUUGAUCUUUCAAAAGGAGUAUUUGCAGCACUUCCUGUGAUGGUAGAUACUGUCUCAAAGAAAAUACUGGAACACAUCACAGAGCAAUGCCUUUUGUGCUGUGAUGCGGGUGUCCCUUGCAAUGCACGACAAGCCUGUAAUGACCCAUCUUCUCUUAUUUUUCCUUUCCAGGAAGGAGAAAUAGAGCGGUGUAGAUCUUGUAAUUUGGUAUUCCAUAAGCCAUGCUUCAGGAAGAUCAAAAGCUGUCCCUGUGGUGAGCUUCUGAACCAUGACGGAGAAAAGGGAGGCUCGACAAGUGUAAUCCAUAGGAUUGAGAGUGAUUUAAGAGGUGCUACGGGCAUGUUUGGGAAGAAGACGGAUUCCAAGUCUGGGGGAUUUCUAUCUGGACUGUUUACCAAGGGAAAGCCGGCGCAGCUAUUGGGAUCAAAAGACAGUGAUACUGUCAUCCUAAUGGGUUCUUUACCUGCAGGCUCAUCUCUUUGAUCGCCUUAUAGUUGUAAAGUGCAAGUUGUAUAAUAGUUUCAACACCUCGAAAUGAGGAAAAUUAUUUGUUUGAUCCUGAUUGUCAGUGACAUCACCAGAGCUGGAAAUAUUCAUUAGAAUGGGGAAGCUCUGUAGGGGUGUCGUAUUUUCUUACCUUAUCCUCCUCGUCUUUUUUUCAAAGUUUCACUUGUAUGACCAUCUUCGUAUUCUUUGUUGCACAGUUUCAGAUAAAGAGUGAUAUAUUUCACUUUCUUU